AUGAAUCGGCAGAAUUAAUUGACUAUAAGAGAUUCUUUAAAGAAUACACUUUUUAGUUAAAGGAAAAGAAAUCUGAAAUUUAAUCCUCCGCCUUAAAACACUUCUCUGCCCAUGCUAAAUGAUCAAUAAAAAAUCGCAAGUUAGCAAUUUAGACAUUUUAGUGAUAUUUAUGAAUAUGGCCAUCUUCAGAUCGGUUCUAUGAAUAUUUAUCAUUAGGCGAAGGAGCCCAUGGGAUAGUAAAGACAUGUUAUAAGAGAGAUCAAUCCAAUGGGAAUAAUACAGAAAGAACCACUUAUGCCGUUAAAAUCUUUAGAACUGGAGAUACAGAAAUAAUUAAUACAAUUAGAGAAACAUUUCAUAUAAAUAGAGCACUCAAUGAUCUGAAAUGCGUAGUUAAAGCACUAGAUCUAUUUAUAAAUUCUAAAAAAGAAGAACACCACCUGGUUAUGGAAUAUUGUCCAUAUUAGAGUUUAGAAUAAAGAAUGGGAAAUCUGAAAUUUGAAGAUAUUUAAAUAAUUGCUUUAAAUUUAGCUCAGUCAAUAAAGUAAUUGCAUUAAAGAGGAAUUUGCCAUAGAGAUCUAAAGCCAGACAAUAUUCUUAUUGGAGAUAAUUUGGCAUUGAAAUUAAUAGAUUUUGGGGUUUCAAAAAGGUUUUUAGUAAAAGGAAAGGUAACUAAAAAAAUAGAUAUGUGGACAAGAACUGGUUCCUUAUUUUAUUAAGCUCCUGAAAUAUUCUUAGGAGGUGGAUACGAUGAAAAAGGUAAUUCUGAAACUAUUUUUAGUUGACAUCUGGUCAAUAGGCAUAAUUUUGUAUUAAUUAUUAGUUGGAUAGUUGCCAUUUUAAUAGGAUACUAUUUUAGAUACAAUAGAGAUGAUUAGAGAUUCAGAAAUAAAUGUGAAAAACUAGGCAGCUUUUAAAUUGUUGAAUAAAUUAGAAUAAGACCUAUUAAAGCGAUUAUUGAAGAAAGAUCCAGAAAAAAGAUUGUCAGCUGAAGGUUCUUUAAUAAUAAUAAUUUUAAAGAUUUCGUUUUGCAUCCUUGGAUUCAUAGGAGACAACAUAAAAAGUCACUCAAAAGUUAUGAUGACUGCGAUAUUGUGGAUACUAGGAAAGGUGAUGGGAUAUUAUAAUCAUCAGAGAUAACGACCUAGAAGCAAUAUUUGCCUAGGAGCAAAAACCCUUUGAUUGCUCCAAUUGAUGAGGAAUCUACUAGUCCAUUAAAAAUGAAUUGGAGUAAUUGGGAUAAUCAUGUGCAUUAUGUUCCACAAGAUUUAAUUCAGAUUAUAGACCUAAUUGAUAAUAAAUCAAAGGAUUUGGGGUGUUCUGAAGAACUCUUCAAUGAAUAAUAGACAUAAGAGGAAGUGGUAGAUUUACAAAUUGGAUAAUUGAGAAAAACCUCAGAGUAUUUUGAUUAACUAUGA